CUUAUUCACAUGCCGAAAAACAAAGAUGGAGGAAUGACAUUCCAAACAUUCUGCAAUGCAUCAAAAUGGUGUGAAAACGUCAACAUAGAAGGAAAACUAAGAGGAUUUUUUCGAACUCUAAAUGAUGGACAUUACAUCGAUAAUGAUACAUUAAAGAAGAUUUUAAAGUCUGUCUACCCUGAAGACAAUAGGGAAGCGAUUUCCCGACAUGCCAAGGUGUUUAUGUCUGAAGUUGACAAAAGAAGACUGGGAUAUAUAGAUGAGGAACAGUUUAUUCGCUGGAUGAAAAACAUGCCACAUGAAACUGUUCAAAAGAUAUUAAUGUAUUCCAUUAUACCUGAUCACAUUCAAGAAGAAUUUAGAAGAGAUAACUUAUCAACAAGUCAUAGUUCAAAACCACCUCCAAAAAAGAGAAGACAAGCCAUUACUGGUGAUAUGUUGGAUACAGUUGCCACCCGUGCUAGUGCAAGAGAUUGGAGUGUACUCGCCAAUAAGUUAGGUUUCACUCUAGAAGAUGUUGACCAACUUAGCCGUCAGGUUUCCAAAGAAAGACCAUGAACAGAUUUAUUCAAUGCUUCAGACAUGGAUGUCUAAAGAAGCACAUCAUGCUACUGCUGCUGCUUUAGAGAAAGCAUUGAGGGAGAGUCAGAUGGGAGAUAUAGCGGAUGAAGUCAUGAAUCUUGAAUAAAAACAAAACACAAUACUACAUAACACAAUUAAUUUUAUCCGUUCAAAAUCACUUGACAUUGAAUGCUAUAAAUUCAAUUUCAUUCAGCCUUUCAUCAGCAGCAUUAACCCUUUCACCACCACAGUUAUCUUUUGUGCUUACACCUUUCAUAAAAUAGUCCC